AUGGAUCUUAAUUUUUCAUUUCCUAUGCCAAAUGGCAACCAUCCAUUGUUGGAAAAAAUCAUUCAAUUGGCAGGUGUCGAGCCAAAGGAAUCUAAACCAAUGAACGAUUCGAAUUCACUUAUUGAUGAAGAAUUGGACUUAAGAAAUCCUUACCUCGAUGAAGGAGAAGAAAUGAAAAUGACCAUAAGCGGUUAUCAUAAGCAUUUUUCCACUAAAAAGGCAUACAAUCAAGCAGAUUAUUAUCAUACAUUACCACCAAAAAGAUCACAUACACCAGAAAAAGUUUUAACAUUUUGCACGAAAGAAACAGCUCUCAGAGACUCGCACAAUUUAGUGAUAGCAUGUGGAAGUGAAAUUGAAAUAUGGAAACCGCCCAGAUGUCCACAUGGAAGUGAAUGUUUCCUAUCACCAGAUGCUACAUAUCGAAUCUGUUGUAUAGUAGCCAAUUCCGCUCAAUUUUCUUAA